CUCUCGUUACGCUGUCAGUGUCAAAUCGUGUUAAAAGCGAGACGGUUGUCGCGUUUUCUAAUUUUAAAUAAAAUACGAAUGUACAUAAAUAAAAAAUAUACUUUGCGUCAACUAUGUACAAGUAGUCAGUAAAUAUUUUUUUAUAUAUUUUUUUUCAAUCUUCUGUAUUUCCUCGCAUGAGUACAAGAGAUUUUGAUUAAAUAGUGAAAGAUGUACGUAAUUCACAAUCUAUUAAUUUAACUUAUUGGUUCGGAUGCGGUCGUGAAAGAAAUGUGAUCUAGUUUAGCGGAAAGUGAAGAAUAAGUCUAUUGUUGUGAUCAAAUGCAGACAUGUCUAGCGAUGAGUCCAGUGUCCGCGUUGCAGUCAGAAUCCGUCCCCAAACACCCGCGGAGGUGGUUGAGGGAUGUGGUAUAUGCGCGCGGGCGGGCGGAGCGGCUGGGGAGGGCGGCGUGGCGCUGGGCUCCGAGCGAGCCUUCACCUUCGACUACGCCUUCGACCCCGCCAGCGACCAGCAACAGCUUUACGACACGUGCGUCAGGAAGCUGGUCGAAAACGCGCUCGAUGGCUACAACGCCACUGUACUCGCGUACGGACAGACUGGGUCUGGUAAGACUUACACUAUGGGUAGUGGAUGGGAAGGCGAAGACGUUUAUGAGGAGAAGAGGGGCAUCAUCCCCCGAGCGAUACGCGAUUUGUUCGCGGGGGCGGACGAGAGGGCGGAGGCAGCUCGCUCACAGGGUCAGCUGCCACCAGAGUUCUCAGUACAGGCGCAGUUUAUAGAGCUUUAUAAUGAAGAUAUUGUAGACUUACUGGAUCCAGCAAGAGAUCCUUUCGCUAAGGGUACAUUAAGAAUAACUGAAGACGGCGUCGGGGGAGUCCGUAUAGUGGGUGCUUCUAUGCGAACAGUGAGAGGAGUAAAAGAAGCGCUGGCAGCGUUACGAGCUGGCGCUCUGGCUCGCACCACGGCCGCUACGAACAUGAACUCGUCAUCUUCGCGAUCACAUGCAGUGUUCACAUUGCUGUUACGACAAAGACGCCUAGCUCCAGACCAAGAUGCUGUUGAUAGAGAAAAUGAUGGAGAUACUCCCGAACAAUACGAGACGCUGACAGCCAAAUUUCAUUUUGUGGACUUAGCCGGCUCGGAGAGACUGAAACGGACAGGUGCGACUGGGGAUAGAGCCAAAGAAGGAAUUUCAAUUAAUUGUGGCCUUUUAGCUUUAGGAAAUGUGAUAUCAGCUUUAGGUGAUAAAUCACGAAAAGUUCUACACGUACCUUACAGGGACUCCAAAUUGACAAGACUCCUUCAAGAUUCUCUUGGAGGGAACAGCAACACGAUAAUGAUAGCCUGCAUAUCGCCCAGCGACCGCGACUUCAUGGAGACGCUGAAUACAUUAAAGUACGCGAACAGGGCGAGGAACAUCAAGAACCGCUGUGUGGUGAACCAGGACCUCACCUCACGGACGAUCAGCCAACUGAGGCAGGAGGUGGCGCGGCUCCAGCUCGAGCUGGCCGAGUACAAACAGGGUAAACGAGUGGUAUCAGAAAAUGGAGAAGAAGGCUGGAGCGACGUGGUCCAAGAGAACGCUAUACUGAACGCUGAGGUGGAAUCUCUGAGACGAAGAGUCAAAGCUAUGCAAGGAACCAUCGAACAGUUGUCCGCGAGGAACAGCGAGCUGGUUGCUGAGAAGGCCUUAGGUACCUGGUCACCCAAGAAUGGCAGUCCCGAGACCGCAGACUGCUCGUUGACAGCAUUAGUGCAGGGCUACGUGAGCGAGAUAGAAGAUCUCCGAGCUCAACUGAUGGAAGCCAAUUCGUUGUAUGAAGCCAGCAGACGAAGGGAGGCUCGCACUAGACAUGACUCGUCGCUGAUGGACGCCUCCACCAUACUGGAUGACGCCAAACGAGAGUUAUAUAAGGAAAAAGAACUUCUGGCUCGUAGUAUGGGUGAGCUGGAGUUCCAGCGCAAGUUGUCGGAAUCCGGCAGUCAACCUAUAGAAGAGAGGGAGAGAGCUGAGGGGGAGAGCGCAGGAGACUCAGAGCCGUCUGGAGAGAGUGACUCAGAAGAUGAAGAGGCUACGGGUCAACGUCAGCUAACGGCUCAGCUAGCGGCGCUCAGUGAGGACAUAGACACCAAGGCGCGGCUCGUGGAACAGCUGGAGGCUUCCCAGAGACGGCUGGCGGCACUCAGGACACACUACGAACAGAGACUCGACCAACUACACGCACAGAUCAAGGCCACUGGGGAUGAGAGGGACAAGGUGCUCGCCUCGCUCGCGAGUCAGUCGUCCCAGCCGAGCGACAAAUUGAAGCGCGUCAAGGAUGAGUACGAGCGUCGUAUGAGCACCAUGUCCAGAGAACUGAAGCGGCUGCAAGCGGCUCAGAGGGAACAUUCACGGUUGCAGCGGUCACAACAGCACACGGCCACGCAGAUACACACGCUGAGGAACGAGCUGCAGAACCUGAAGAGGGAUAAGGUGAAGCUGGUUCAACGUAUGCGCGCUGAAUCCAAACGUCACGCACAAGCGGAAGCGGCCCGAGCGAAGGAGGUGGCGCAGCUGAGGAAGGAAUCUCGGAAAAAUGCUAAUCUGAUAAGAAGCCUGGAGGCCGAGACCAGGCUGAAGGAGCAGGUGCUGAAACGGAAGCAGGAGGAGGUGUCGCUACUGAGGAGAGGACACAGAGACAAACUCAGCGUCCGGGCCGCUGGGAGGCUGCACGAUCGCGGUCGUUCUCGAAGGCCUCGCGAGCUGUGGUGUCGUCUGGAGUGCUGGGUGUCUCGUGCGUGUGCGGCUCGCGGCACGCUGGCCGAGCUGGAGGCGGCGUUGGAGCACCAGCUGAGGGAGAGGGACCGCGCCGCCGCCGCUCCCCCCCACCCCGACAACACACACCUACUCGCCUACCUGCGGGAGGCCAUCGCGGAGACACAGUCGCAGAUCAUGCAGAUAGAGGAGGAGAGCGAGGAGUCCGAGCUGCCGGCGGUGCUGUCCGCGGCGGAGGGAGAGGCCUCGCGCUACGCCCUGGAGAGACUCGCCGCCCUCACACUCACACACGCGCACGACGCCGCCCGCAGGCUGCACGCGCUCAACGACGCCAGAGCACAGCUGGCCGACUUGGAGGAGAAAUACGAGCGCGCCAUGAGCGCCCUCCGCGCUACCGAGGACCAGAACCUCAACCCGUGGGGCGCGCCGCCCGCCCUGGCCGCCCUACUCGCCGCUGUGUCCUCGGGGACCUCCACGAGAUCCGUCUCUCCUGUCGAUAGCGCACUGUUAGAGGUGAGACCUCGCGCUGUCGGCACGCGGGAGUCCAGCACCGCGCCCACGUCACCCCCCGACGAUAACAGGAGCUCGCCGUUCCAGAGAAAUACCGUCCGUCGUGGGUCUGUACGUCUGCGGGACCUUGGUGUGUACGGUCGCGAGGGGGUCGGCGAGGACCCCAUGUCACAGUCGAUGGUGGAGCCCGAGGUGCUCCGCCCCGCGCCGCUCAGCAGGGUGCCCAGCGCUCCUGGGAGUCUCAGAGGUCUCCAGCCCGUGUCGUCCCCCCUGUCACCGCGCCGCGCCCCCGAGAGCCCCCGCCCCGCACGCAGGCCCCCCGGACUCGCCAAGCCAGCUUCCUUUGAGCCGGAGGGUACUCCGCCCGCCUCCCCCGGGGCCACGCGGCGGGCCCGGGACGACGACGUGUUCCUGAGACUCACGGGCGCCGCGCCCGACCACGCGCCGCAGGGGACCGUCAAGGAAAUCACUGUUAAGCGGGCCAGUGUGGGCGGCGGCAGCUGGCUUCAAUGUACUCACGUGGCGGAGGGUCACGUGGGCGCCGCGCUCUCCCUGGCCGUGGCACAGGACGCCAUCUACAGUGGAGGGGUCGACCGCACGGUCCGCGGCUGGGACCUGUGUGCGGGCGUCGAGUCGUGGCGGGCGUGGUGCGGGGGCGCCGUGGUGGGCCUGUCGUGUGUGAGCGGGGGCUCCGACCCUCGCCUCGUGCUGGCCGCGGCCGGGGCGGCCGUCAAGAUCUUCGACACCAGAACCAACCAACCGACUGCUGUACUGUGGUCGUCGGGGGCGUCCGGGGCGAACGCGUCCGUCCGCGGCGGGGAGGCGGCCGUCACUGCUCUCUCCCUGGCGUCCGCUCACACGCUGUACACGGCCGCCGGAGACAAGCUGAGGCUGUGGGAUCUUAGAAUGUGUGAGUGUGUGUACAAGACGUGGUCAGGUCACGCGGCGGCCGUGAUGUGUGUGGCCCGGGAGCCCCUCCCGGCCGGGGACAGGCUGGCCACCGGCUCCAGGGACCACUGCGUGCGGGUCAUCGACCUGCAGCAUAACGCAGGUUCCUGGGAGGCGUGUAACCGGCGUCUCCUGGAGCCUCCUCACUACGACGGCGUCCAGGCCCUGCUGCUGCGCGGCUCGUUCCUCUACAGCGCCUCCAGGGACUCCAGCCUCAAGUGUUGGUCGCUGACCGACAACACACUCACACAUAGCGUGAUGAACGCCCACAAGGGCUGGGUGACGGGUGUGUGUUCCCUGGGAGGAGGCCUGGUGAGUUGUGGCCGGGACCAGGCGCUCCGUCUGUGGAGCUCCGCCCUCCGGCCCGCCGCCAGCCCCGCCACGCUGCCGGACGCUCCGCACGCACUCGCAGCACACACAAACACACACGGACACUCCGUGUACACCGCGGGCAGGUACUGCUUACCACUUACAUACAUAUAUAUGGCAUAUGGACUGCUCUAGACGUAGUGAUGAGUAUCAGUCCACAACGAGCAGACUCCACCUUCUCCUCCUGUUAUAUAAAUGUGUAGGAUAGUUUAAACUGUUCACACUGCAAUAACCAUCGUGAAAACUUCUAAUAUGUGAGUAUGUUGCAGCGGCGGCGAAGUGCGAGCGUGGCGCCUGGUCAACGAGCCCUGAACGACACAGGUGCACACACACGCACACAUACACACACACACAAAUAUACACACACACUACACCAAGCACACACGCCACAAGCAUAUCAUAAACAUUCUAAAACACACAUAAACAAAAAACCCCGCCCACAGUGAGCGCUGCAGACACACCGCAGACCUCUAUAAUGUAUCUCUCUCCCUCUCUCCCUGUCUCCCCUCUCUCCAUCUCUCUCUCUCAGCCGGUAAGUCCGCCGUCCGUCGUGUCUCUGCACGUCCACUCUGACUGCUUGCACACGUCGCCGCUUCGUCACUCAUUAACCGAGGCUUAGCUGAUUUGAACUCUAUUUAUGAAAGCAUUAGAUGUGUUUUUCCUUGUAUCUUUUGUAUGUUUCUCGUGUGACUAACCACUUCUUACUUUCUAUUCAGUUCUGCUUUGGAUGUAGCGAUCUUUGGUCACGGCUACAAGCCCUAGUUAUCUUAUUGUUAUACUAACUAUAGUUCAGUUUGUUUCCGUCCUUCCUCUGAUGAUCUUAGAAAAUUUUAUAUACUCAGGAUGAGUCACGAUUAGCUUUUCACGAUAUACAUUUUGAUUUCUUUCGGUCUGUUUGUUUGUUUAUAUUUGUUUUUCUCUUAACACAGCUUCAACUUCCAACCGUAAACAUCACUGCAUUCAAAACUAUCUCAACAACUAAUGUGCCCGUGUCCUCCACGUUGCUCACUAUAUUAUAUUUAAUUUUCUAAUUCAUCCUUUUUUUACUCGAUUGGUUUCGCUUUAGAAAGUCAAAUGUGUGCCUUAACCUCGCUGCCGGUAUGUAACACACCAAUAUGUCUCUAACACACCGCCCGUCUUCAGUUCCGGUCGUGUUCGUUGCUGGCGCGUCCGCAGCAGGUGACGGUCGGCGGGGGCGUCCUCGGCGCCGCCGUCCCCCGCACGCCGCGCCUGGCGGUGACAUCACACCUUGCGGACCUCCGGUGACGUCACGCCGCUGCAGACCACCACCGACGUCAUCAUCAUCAAAUCAACACACAAUGACGUCAGCUCUGCUCAUUCCUUUUAAUCUGUGGGACUCGCCGAAGACGUCAGACGCGAACCUUUCAAAAACGUUCUAAGUGACUUUAUUCGUGCUCAAACGAUCGUUAUAAUAAAAA